AUGGCUGUCCAGCAUAAACAAGACCCAAUUGUCUUGGUCAUAGAUUUCCACCAUGCACGCGGCCCCGAGAUCGAGCAUUGCAUUGCCGACGAAGGGACCGACCCAGCAACUGAGAAUGACUGGUCUCUGCUCCCAUUCAUGGCCCUAUCUGACGGAGCACAUCUAUCGACCGAGGAAUUCUCAUACUUCACACUCUGCCGAAAGGGCACAUCCACAACACCCGCAACCUCCCUUUUCGGCAUCGCCUGCUCCCGCCAGAUCGAUUCGAGUCUGCUUAUCAACCGCCCGCCCGAUGUGACUCGGUCAACGGUACAAAAGGCCGUUGUGGUUGUGACAGAUACUCCGCAGCGAGUAGGUCAAUUGCGCGAGAAGCUCUCUGUGGUGACUUCCGCUUGGUUUGCGCAACGGUAUAAAUUCCGCGAGGGCCUGGUGAUCGCUCUACUGAAUGAUGGCCCAAAAGAUCAGAACUUGGGUAAGGAUACCAUCAGUUCAUAUAUGCCUGGCAAUUUGCUAAUGUAUGAAGGCCUUUCGCUUCGGGAGAUGAUCCACGAAUUCAAAUUUCAGACUUUGGUUCUUUUCAAGGCACUACUGUUGCAGCCUAAGAUGCUUUUCUUCGGGACGCGCUGUGAGCGCCUGUGCAUGAUUCAGUUCUCGCUUAUAUCUUUAAUACCCGGCCUCAUCAAUAGCUUGCAGGACUGUGCGGAUCCUGCCUUUGACACCUAUUCUCAGACAGCUGAGAAACCAACGUCUCUCAAGACGAGUGACAGAAGUUCUUUGUUGGCAUACAUGGGGCUUCCACUGCAAAUCUUCGGAAAGGGAAGCAUGUUUGGACCCUAUACACCUCUCCAGCUGCUGGAUCUGCUGGCAGAUGAUGGCACAAAAUCAUAUGUGGUUGGCUCAACAAACUCGCUACUCCUCCAGCAAAAGGACCGGUACAGUGAUAUUCUAAUUAACCUUGACGAGGAUAGUAUCGUCAUAAAUUCUCCUUCCCUUCGCAGUGCCCUGGUCCUUUCCGCGGCCGAUAGGCGCUGGAUUGACCUGCUCACACAAAUUGUCAAUAACACUUGGGACGAGGAACAUCCUUCACAACCCAAGACACUUGGCUUUAUGGGCUCAGAAGAAUUCAUUCGACUACAGUUCGAAGAAUACUUGCUGGCAUUAUUAUCGUCCAUGAAAUACCACGAGGAGCUCUACCCAGGCGAUGCCGGAGAAUCGGGGCACCUCAGCAGAACUCAGCUGCAAAAUCUCAACAUUGAAGGGGACCCUGCCAUCGACUUCAAUACGGACUUCCUGGCCCAGUGGAAAAACACAUCUAAUUACGCCCUGUUUUCGCGUCUCACUUCGGAUGCGCUCCUAUUUUCCAUCACUGAGCCACGGCAUCCAAGCGCUGGCGGUCUGACGAUGGAAGAUAUCCAAAGACGACUCUCACAACAGGUAGCAGAUCUGCACCUUGAUGAGCGUGUCCGCGAAGGCCGCGAGGCCCUGAAUCGCCACUUUGCAACCGGACAAAAGAAAGUGAGCGCGGCAUUCACCAGCUUCUGGUCUGACAUCGAGACGAUGCGCGAAGCGCAGCGCAAACGCGCCGAAGAGAAAUCCGCGUCUCAAUCGCAGCGCACCUCCAUUGACAAAGAAACGCCAACAUCACCAACCCCCUCCUCACAGGAUUCCACCGAUGGCUCCUGGUUCGCAGGCCGGCAAAGGCCAUCCGUCGACAUGACACAGGCCCAGACCUCCGUGAGCGUAGCCAGCCAAAAGGCCAGCUCCUAUCUCAGCUCGUGGGGCACAUGGGCGAGCGAAAAGCGCCGCGAAUGGCAAGAGAAGCGCGUCACAUCCCCAAGUCCGAGUGCCACUCCCAAUGCCGACUUGACUUCGCCAUCCGCCCCGGUCUUGUCAGUUGUUACCGAAACAGCCGAGUUGGACCGCGGCCGCCGCCGUUCCAUCCAACAUAAUAGCGAAGGCAACGAUAGCUCCGACGGUGGUCUUACUCGGAGCGCCAGCCGAAGAAAGAGAUGGAGUAAUAUCCUGCUCAGGCGCGACAGCGGCGAGUUCCAGCGUCGCGAUGAUGUCUCCACAUCCGAUUCUAUCGAGACUCCCUUCCCCAAGUCUCCUCUGUCGCAGGGGUUUCCGGCUUAUGCGGAUGAUGCGGAACACAAGCAGACCCAGGACCUUAUCCACGAUGAAAAGACCACUGAGCGGGAUACAGUCGAUGCAGAUGGGUUCUCCUCUGUGGCUCUCACGCCAAGUGAAGGCCUGGGGUUGAGUUUGAAGACCGAGGGAAAUGUUUCCCAGAGCCAGAAGGAACCCACAUCCUCGAGCGGUGUGGUGGUAGAUACACGGCCUGAGGACCUGGUGGUAGCACCCCCUGCCAAAGAAGAGGCGCAUCCAACUCAGAGCAAGGACUCGUCUGGUACGAACUAG